GUACCCUCCUUCAUUAUUGGUCGCCAUUCUGCAACGGAUAAUGGGUGCUUCUGUCGUUCUACGGCUUAUCAGCGGCGGUAAUCGGUUUAUGAUUUCAGAAAGAAGUACUAGGAGUUGCUUCUAGUACAGAAGUGGUUGGGUACCACAGGUCUAUAGGUACCCUGCAUGGACCUCUUGGAAUCUCUUCCCGCAGUCAGCUUCAUUUGCACUAUGCUUAAGCUUGGCUUUUCUGCUUCCAGUUAAUCGUCAUAACCCAGUGGCCUGGUAACACAUUUAUUCUGGAUUUCCAUAGCGAAAAAAAGCAUCAAAUCUAACCGCUAUAAUGGCAUCGAGACAGCCUGAUGUACCUGCUAUUGAGCACAGCACAGGUGGGUUACUGGGAAAGAUGUCCCUGCCUAUUGGGAUGCACCGUCGAGCUUUCAGCUAUGACGAUGCUUUGGAGGAUACCGCUCCUAUGACACCACCGCCAUCGGACAUGUGCGCUAACACACUGUGGAGAAAGCCAAUUAUACCGGAGCGUAAAUAUCACAAGCUAUCAAAGGUUGAGGAAGGGGAUAAUAACAUGCCCCCACCUGCUCUGCCCCAUUCCUCUUCCACUGAGAAGGCCCCUGUGGUGAAAGCCAAAGCCACCUCUGUCAUCAUGAAUUCUCUGUUGACAAAGCAUACGCAGGAGAGUAUUCAGCGCUUCGAGCAGCAGGCCGGCCUCAGGGACGCCGGUUAUACUCCACACAAGGGCCUCACUGCUGAAGAGACCAAAUACCACCGUGUGGCGGAAGCCCUGCAUAAGCUAAAGAUGCAGACAGGAGAGACCACUGAAGACAAGCAAAGCUCAUCUGCUCAGUCCACCCCUUGCAGCACUCCAAGUUCAUCUCCCAAGCCGAUGCGCAGAUCCUGGUUUAGCCAAGGCUCCACCACUUCCCUCCCAGCUGGUGAGAUCAGCAGCUCUGAAUCAGGGGGAGCAGAGAAAUGGAGUGUUUUUGGCCCUCGCGCUGUUCAGAAAUCAACUACAGAUCCAGGUGGAUUCACUAUCCAGUCUUAUAAAGGUGCCCAAAAACCAACCCCUAUGGAGCUGAUGCGGGCCCAGGCUACCCGAAUAGCAGAUGACCCUGCAUCGUUCAAACCACCCAAGAUAGAAGCAUCAUCUUUUGUUACAGAAAACAAUAAAAAUUCCCGUGGCCACAACCUGAAACCACGUGACAUGAACAUACUCACUCCCACUGGCUUCUGAAAGACAUUUCACU